AAAUGAGUUUUAUUUAGCUUGGUCGAAUAUCAACUAAUAUUUUUUAAACAAUUUGUGUUUGGAGCAUUUGAUGGAUAGAAGUAUAACAAUUCUUCUGGAUGUUUUCAUACUCCUAUCCCUUAUUCCAUUCACUAUUUACCUCAAAAAAUUGUGUUAUAAUCGCAAUCGUUGCAUUAAUAAGUAUUUUUUCCUUCUAUUAAUCUUUGCAAUAUUGGCAUCGUUAUCAUUUAAAAAUAUUUCUUAUGGAUUUAUCGGUAUAUUUUUCAGCGUAUUAGGAAGAAGGUUAUGUAUUCCAGCAAUAACAGGGGGAAUAGGUGCUGGAAAGACUACUUUGGGGAAAUUUUUAAAUUUACAAGGGUUUUAUGUAAUUGAUUCCGAUAGUAUAGGACGUCAAUUUCUGGUACCUGGCACAGUAGGAUAUAGAAAUCUAGUAAGAAGUUUUGGGGAGAUUAUUUUAAAAGAUGAUGGACAAAUAGACAAGGCAGUUUUAAGAGAGAUUGUUUAUAAUGACAAAUCUAAGCUCAACAUGCUUAACAAAUGUUUACAUACACACAUUAUAUACAAAAUAGUCUGGGAAGUUGUAAAAUAUAAGAUUCUAAAGUGGAAGGAAUUGUUAGUAAUAGAGGUGCCGCUACUUUAUGAAACACAUCUAUCAUGGGUGUGCGCGCCAAUAAUAGUAUGUUCAGCAAGCGAGGAAACUAGACUGCAAAGGUGUCAGACUAGAAAUUCAGAAAUAUCCAAGGAUAUUUAUAUAAAUAUAAUGAAGUCACAAACGCCUUACGAUAAGUUGUUGGACUGGGGAGAUGUAAUAAUUGAAAAUGAAUCAACGCUGGAAGAUUAUUAUAAAAGCGCUCAAGUACUCAUGGAAGAGUUCCUCUUGUAAACUGUAUAGUAAUUUGCUUUAAAA